CUCCUUUCGCAAGAACUGUUUCCUGCUGCCGUCCUGCGUCUGUUCCACAGUCUAUGGUCUGCUCUCUCGUUUUAACAGAUGUUUUCCCCCAACACAGGAGCUUAUGCAGCCUGUCUUAAUGAUCCGCUAAUCAAACAAUGAAGAGGACACGACGCGCUCCACUCUGCCAUUGCGUCGCUAAACGUGAGGACGUCACAAUAAAACUCGUGCGUUUCCAAUAAACAACAACUUGGCUUGACAACCGGAGUCGCCUCGAACGGUGACAGGGUGGCACACUUUCAGGUUUUAAAGUUGUGUUUCUUUCUUCGUGAUGGCUGGGGGCAUUACAGAAACAGGGGAGCCUUACUCUCCAUUUGUUGGCCUGGUGUACAUGUUCAAUCUAAUUGUUGGCACUGGUGCCCUGACCAUGCCCAAGGCCUUUGCAGCAGCUGGUUGGGUUGUCAGCAUCUCCCUCAUCACAUUUUUGGCUUUUAUGAGUUUCAUGACCACCACGUUUGUUAUUGAAGCCAUGGCUGCUGCCAAUGCCCAGCUGCGCUGGAAGAGGAGGGAACAGGAAGAGAUGAAUGACAGUGACUCCAGCUCGGACUAUUCGGAUGAUGAGGCUGUUAUCCGGGGAAGUUCAGAACCCGUCGAGACGCGUCCCAUUCUCUCUGUCAAGCGUGCCGCGAAUAUAGACCACUUUGACAUUGUCGAGAGAGUCGAGAUGGGACAAAUGGCCUCCAUGUUUUUUAAUAAAGUUGGCGUCAACAUGUUCUACAUCUGUCUCAUCGUGUACCUGUAUGGAGACCUGGCCAUUUAUGCUGCUGCUGUACCGGUGUCAUUGAUGGAGGUUGCAUGUGGGAAUCACUCGUGCAGUGCUGGGAGUGUGAAAUACAACGACACCGAUUCCUGCUGGGGCCCUGUAAGUCGCAAGGACGCCUACAGAGUGUUUCUGGCUACCUUCACACUGUUGUUGGGGCCCUUCACCUUUUUCAAUGCACAGAAGACCAAAUACCUCCAGAUCCUUACCUCUCUAAUGAGAUGGAUUGCGUUCACCAUGAUGAUCAUCCUGGCUUUGAUUCGUAUUGGCAAGGGACGCGGUGAGGGCCACCCAUCUGUAGCUCAGAUCUCAGGUGUGCCUAACCUCUUCGGGGUCUGCGUCUACUCAUUCAUGUGCCAGCACUCGCUACCCUCGCUCGUGACGCCCAUCUCCAACAAGCAGCGCAUGAGCGCCCUGGUCAUGGGCGACUACAUCCUCAUCCUGUGCUUCUACAGCCUGCUGUCCCUCACGGCCAUAUUCUGCUUCGACAGUUCUCUGCUGCGGGACAUGUACACUUUAAACUUCACGGAUAACUGCGACGUCCUGAGCAUUCCAGUGUUGCGCUACUUCCUGGGCCUCUUUCCCGUUUUCACCAUUAGCACCAACUUUCCCAUAAUAGCCGUCACGCUUCGUAACAACUGGAAGACUCUCUUCCAUCGGGAUGGCGGCACGUACCCUUGGGUGGUGGACCGUAUCGUCUUCCCGCUCAUUACCAUAGUGCCGCCCAUUAUUGUGGCCUUCUGUACUCACGAUCUGGAGUCGCUUGUGGGUAUCACUGGGGCAUAUGCCGGAACGGGCAUUCAGUAUAUCAUCCCGGCCUUCCUAGUAUUUUUUAGUCGUCGUCAUCUAGAGCCUGUGUUGGGAAGGGAUGUUGUAAAUAAGCACCGGUCGCCUUUCCAUCACCAGUUCUGGAUUUGGUUUGUGAUAUUGUGGGCAACGUUCUGUCUAAUAUUCGUGACCGCUAAUAUAGUCCUUAACGAAACUAAGAAGUGAGUAUAAAAGCAGAUUUGUUUUGUCAAGCUGUAUUUUUAUUUUCUUUUUUAAAAGGGGUGUUUGUUCGGUUAAAUGUUAAAAGAAUGGCGUCAGCUGAAGUUGAGUUCAGUCUAAUUUAAUCCAGUGUCUAAAAGGGACCAGAAGACAUUUUGGCAUUACUUUAGUUGGACUAAUGUGAAACUUUUUUCACAAAUCCACAUUCAUCCUUUAGUGAAUGUUCUGUAAGGCAGGAUACAAUUAAAUUCAAGUUCAAAAUUAAGUUUCUACAAUAUUUAGUAGUAGCUUAUCAGUGGCGACUGUCAGUUUAUGUACAACAGAAGCAUUAUUUAAAAUCCAUAUAUGUGACCCAUGCUGGCAAAAGGAGUCACAAUGAGCACAUUUUCAAAAAUUCUCUUUUAAAAAAUCUGGUUAAAGUUUUCUGAAGGUUCCAAAAUGAGAUCGCCUAGCAACCAUAGAUUCAGAAUCUCUAGUAAUAGUAGAUUAAAAAUCACUGCAUAGUCUUGAGUGUAUUCAUUACAAAUAAAGAAGUUCAAUCAAAAGCAGCUAGUGAUUCCCUCUUUUCUUGAAUUGUUUGAUUAAUAUUAAUGAGGCCUAUAUAUUAAACCCUUUUCAUGGUUUAUCAUUCUUAAUAACAUUCACCAAGUCCCACCCUUUAUAUUCUCAUUCUUGCAUGUUCCUUUCAAAUGGAGACCAAAAGUGCUUUGCCAGACUCGAGUGCUCUGCUUCGGAUAGACAAACAGAACUUUUUAAAGCUUAGAAGGUACUAAUAAAGAUCAUUUUAGAUGUUUAAUUGCUAUUUGGAGCAUUGGGAUCAUUAUAGGAGGCCUUAAUGAACCCAUUUUUGUGAAAAAAUUCUAAUUUGACCAAAAUGUAAUUUUUUCUUCACUUGUUUUGUAUGUAGCUUGUAAUUAACUGUAUGCAUUCCGACUAAUGUUGCCAGCACGGGUCACAUAUGAUUUGCACAUUUAAAAUGUCACUACAUUUGUUUGUUCUUGAGGUAUUUCUUUAUUUUCCUCUUCAGUCAGGUGAAUCUAAUUAAAACAUUACUAGAUUGCGUUUCACUACAAAAGCAAAAAUAAAUAAAUAAAUAUAUAUAUGCAUAAGAAUGAAAAUGUCUUUGCAUAUAUGAUGUUAUUUACAAAAUUAUUUAGCACAUUUACCCCAAAUUCUGUUCUGAAUAAUGAUUCUAAUUUUUGUAAAAAAAAAAAAAAAAAAUACUAUAAUACAGUGAUAGGGAUUUAAAAAAUGUAAUUAGCUUCAUAAAUUAAAUGCAAAAGAAAUACUACAUUGAAAAUAAUAAUUUUACCUUGCAACGUUCUUAAGUGUUUACACUAAAUAAAAUUCCUUAAUUAAAAUCUUUUAGAUAUUGGGGUGAAAUGUGGCCUUUUACAGGUUCUUGACAGAUUUGGUAUCACCCUCUGAUUUUGCUGAUCUUCAGAAGAACCAACAAGCUGUCUUUGUUCUAUUGGACUGAAAAAUUCACACCAAAAAUAGUCUGAAAAACAGACUGACAAUAAACGUUCCUUGUUUUCGUUUUCCAAGAUUGUUAGCGUUUCACGGCUGGCAUUUCCAGCGUUCCUAACCGGCAGCUGGCACCUCGCUGCGUCUCCUGCGCUGACGGAUGGUGACACCAGCACAACGCUUGUCUGAAUAAUGUGCCCAGACCUGGAGUUCAAUCUUGGUUCAUCAGCAGAUUGAUAGAAGCAUUGAAAGCUUCCAUAUGUUCUCCAUGUACUGACGUCUUAGCCGAAGCUCUCAGCUUCUCAAACAGGCCCCUAGGGAAGCAGGAAGGGAAGACAAACCAGAUAUUAAAUGGACACGUCUGCCUCAUGAUUUACAGAGACUGAUAUCUAUCAUGAUCAAUGUGUGCACAUUCACACGGUUAUUAAUGUUAAUGUCACUUUAGUUCUGACCAAAUUGUCUUGAGUUUGGCAUCAAUUCAAACCAAAUGUAUGGCAGCUGAUUCCCACCCUGCCUUUCUCUUUUGCACAUUUAUUGUUCACUUGUGCUCCUGAAAGGGAUAAUUUACACACACUCAUCAGUUAUUCACUUUCUUAUCAUUCCAAAUAGUUUGGACUUUCUUCUCUGAAUCACUUUUGAAGAAUGUUUCAACUCUUUUUGGAAUGAAAGGCAGUGGGGUCCAGUGUUAUUUUGGACCCAAUUGACUUUCAUUAUAUGGCUACAAAGAGUAAAAUUAAAGUCAGUUGGGUCCAAAAUAAAAUUGGAGUGUGAGUAAACGAUGACAGUAUGAUUUUAGUUGAACUAUUCCUAUAAUGUCUCUAGUGUUUUCUAUUUGUGUGUUUUUGCUCCGUCCCCCUUGUGUCCUCCUCAGGUUUUGAAUGGCAACAUGAAUCUGUCCCAGACAUACAAGUUUGACACGUUUCUCUUUUUUUUUUUUUUUUCAGUGUGGUUUGCCAGCGGUUGAUUGGUUUAAUCUGUGAUGUGUUCUAUACUGUAAAGUGAUCGCUGCUCUCUGUGAGAGCGCCGUAUCUGAACCUGCGCUUGAGUUUACACUGUUUCUUCUGUAGGUUUGGGUUCAAACUGCAAACUGGAAAUAUGUCUGUAGGAUCUUGUUUGUGGACAGCAUGGAUGUCUCCUUAUUCAGUUCUUUGUCUGAUGUGCUCCACAAACAAACUGUAAGAACUGAAGUAAAGGUACAGUAUUAGCAUUCGUGUCUCCCUGAAUCACAGAAGCAAGUCAUUUCACGUGAGCGAAGUGUUAUAUUGUUACCAAAUGCUCAUGUAAUAUGUUCAUGUCUGUUUUGAGCUAAACCAAUGUGCCUUCUUUCCAUGAAUCUUCCCGUUUUCACAUUAAUAACAAUAUUGCUCUCUCUUUCUCGCUCUCAAAUGUCAUUAUUUUUGUUGAAGUUAUGAUCUGAGCAGCUUGUCACUUGCAUGUAAGUCACUUCAAAUACUUGACAAUCACAUCCACCGACAUCUCGGUAAAAUAAAAAUGGAAAUGCUCUUUUUGAUCAUUGA